GUCGAGGGUUGAGGAAAUGCAUGAACGCUUAUGAACUAUUCAAUAUCCCGCUGGUAGAACUAUGCGUGUCGUGUGAGACCACAAAAUCUAUUCGUACAUGUACAUGUAUUUAUGAUCACUUAUACAGUGCUGACGAUCGAGCAACGGCAGCAACAUGUUAGAAACUGGAUCCUAGCCUGCGCAUGAAUUGAAACAUGAUGUAGCUUUCCGCAGACCUAGGAUUGUGCUUUUGGCAAGUUUCCAAGCGCCCACGGGGGACUGAACCUGCAUUAUCGCUAACACACAGUCGAUAAUUUGAAAGCCACGCAUAGCUGUGAGAUUGCCUGGCCUAUCGAACCCGGAACUUAUUGCGGAAAUUGAACCGAAUAUCAUUGCCAAGUGAGUGUUUAGGUCCAUGUUCCUUUUUCCUGUGUGCUUGGACAUGUUGGACCACAAGUGAUGCCUGUGAACUGAUCGACUGUACUCCAACGAUUAGCAGCUAACUGUAGAUUUGCAGUCUAUGAUUCGUUACAUCGACGACAUCUGAUACCUCUUGGUGUAUAAGUCGAGGUGUCGAGAGCCAUCAUGGCAUACGUCAGGCAAGACUCAAAGAUGCCUCAGUUGAAGCAGAAGCUUCACGGCUUCCUUGCCCACGGGAUUCAGGACUUUCCCAGCCUGGUGACCUUCGGCGCCACACAGGAAGACGACCAGGAAUCCUUACAAAUUGAGGAAUCCUGGCGGAAGUUUAUCGAUAAGACAAAGCUCCGGGAACUGACCAAGAAACAGAAAGAGCAACAAGAUGCUGUCUGGGAGAUCAUCAGAACUGAAGUCGAGUUCAUCCGAGACCUGCGCAUCAUCGAAGAUGUCUACCUCAGCACACUGGUCAACCUCCAAGCUUCUAUCAUGUUGAACGACAUUGAGACUGAGAACAUCUUUAGUAACAUCUCAGCCAUUGAGAAGCUUCACUCAAGGUUCUGGAAGGAGAAGCUGUCUAAUGUUCCCAAGAAGGCCAGAGCGGAGAAAAGGCUUCCCAAGGCUGUAGACUUAGUCGAAGCCUUCAAAGGUUGGUUUGAAAGUAUCUCUGUACCCUACCAUGAGUUUGCCAUCAACCAGAAUGAUUGCCUGAAGUAUCUGAGAUGCAGGACGAAGGACAACGAGAUGUUCAGAUAUUUCGUCGAGUGGGCCCAAAAGCAUCCUAGGAGCCGAGGCCUCAAACUCCACCACCUCCUGGAUUCUCCCCUGCGUCGCAUCGCCAAGUACCCGGUCCUCCUGGCUGCACUGGAGAAGACAAUGGAUUAUCAAAAUCAAUACCUCUCCAAACCAGUGUCAGAAAUCAGAGCAUCUGCAGUACAAGUAAGCCUCGAGGGGAGAGAUGAAAUGGAAAGACAAAAGAAGAGGGGGUCCUUUGAGGUAUGGAGGUCACCUAGGGGAUCAAGGGAGUAUCCCAAGUCUCCCUCUGAUGAACUUUUCAGUGAAUCCUUUGAUUGUGUGUCUGUUGAGGAAGCCAAGACUCUUGAGCUGGAGGAGACACUGAAUGAUAUCAUGAGGCACGGACUUCAAGAUUUCUCGAGCCUUCUGACCUUCAGCACCACGAGAGAGGAUGAUGAGGGUUGCUUUAAGAUCAAGGAGUCUUGGCGCGCAUAUGCAGACAAGGAGAAGCUAUCUGAGUUGGACGAGAAGGAGACAGACCUACAAGACGCCAUUUGGGAGAUCAUCAAAUCAGAGGUUGGGUUUAUCCGAGACAUCCGCAUCGUCGUCGAUUUUUAUCUCUGCACUUUGCUGAAUGUGCAAGCAUCCGUGUUUCUGAAUGAGGUUGAGACGGAGCUUAUCUUCGGCAACAUCACUGCCAUCGAGAAGCUUCACACGACAUUCUGGAAGGAGAAACUGUCAAACGUCGUCAAGAAGGCACAGGCUGAAAAGGAGCUGCCAUCAGUCUCCAACUUGGCUGAGGCAUUCCAAGAGUUUGCCAGUCUAUUUGCCCCGUACCUCGAGUUCUGCACCUCCCAGAAGAAUUGCUUGAAGUACCUGAAAGAUCAGUCGAGGCAGAAUAACAUGUUCAAGUUCUUUAUUGAAUGGGCAGAGAGACAUCCCAACAGCCGAGGCCUCAAAUUGAUGGAUCUCCUCGAGUACCCAAUGCAGCACAUCGCAAAGUACCCCCUUCUUCUUACUGAAGUAGAAAGCAAGCUUUGCGAAAGUCAAACAGAAGUAUCCAGCACAAUAUCCCAGGUGAAGGAGUUUGUCAAAAAAGUGAUGCACGAGUCCACACAAAGACAAGAAGAACAAGGGGAUGAAGAUGGAGGUGAACAAAUUGAUUCAACGGAGAACAAGACAUCCACAAUUGGAACAUUAACAAAGCAAGACGACUCUUCCUGUGAGUAUGUAGAUGAGAUCGUCACGUGUCUAGUCCGGCAAGAUCCCAGGUUGAAGGAGUUGCAGCAGAUGCUGGAUGACAUUCUGACCAACGGGGUUCAAGACGUUAUGAGCCUGUUGACAUUUGGCACUAAGGAGGAGGAUGCAGAAUGCUUCCAAAUCGAGAACUCUUGGCGUGACUUUGCAGACGAGGAGACACUAAGUGGAUUAGAUGAGAGGCAGACAGGCCAACAAGAAGCCAUCUGGGAGCUCAUCUUAACAGAGAGUAGAUUCGUCCAACGCAUUGGCAUCAUUGAAGACGUCUAUCUGAACACCCUUCUCAACCUUCAAGCCUCCAUCAUGUUGAAUGAGAUUGAGACUGAGAAGGUGUUCGGCAGCAUCGCUGUAAUCAAGAAGCUCCACACGAGAUUCUGGAAGGAAAAGCUCUCCAAGGUUGCCGAGAAGGCUCGAGCAGAGAAGAGGCUGCCCUCAGCCUCAGACCUGUCGGAGGCAUUUGAGGGAUUUGGGAAUCUCUUCGCGCCCUAUAUCGAGUUCUCAGAGCAAUAUCACGAGUGCCAGAAGUAUCUGAGACAGCAAAUCAAGACGAACGAAAAGUUCAGGUAUUUCUUGAAGUGGGCGAAGGGUCAUCCAAAAAGUCAAGGUGAGAGUCUGGAAGACCUUUUACAAUGUCCCUUAGGACGCAUCGCCAAGUACCCCGACUUCCUCACUGCAGUAGAGAGAAAGACGCUCGAAGAUGGGACCUUAUCACAAAGAAUACAGGAAGUGAAGGAAUUUGUUUCUCGAGUCGAUCACGAAUUGAAACAGGAGGAGGACAGAAUGAAGACAAAUUGCAACCACAGAACAUCCAUGAAAGACAAGGAAGCUGAUUCUUCUUGCGAGUACGUUGAUGAGGUCGUUACAGCUUUGAUACGGCAGGAUUCCAAGAUGGUUCAGUUGCAGGAGGUACUGGAUGAUUUGAUGGCGAGUGGACUCCAAGAUUUCAAAGGCUUGCUGCAGUUUUGCCCACCGACAGAAGACAAGGAGAGCUGCCUCCAAGUUCAAGACACGUGGCAGGAACUUGUGGGCCCGGAGGAGCUUUGUAAGAUGGACAAGCAGGAGGUGGAACAACAAGACGCUAUCUGGGAGAUCGUAAAGACAGAAUCUUGCUUCAUCCAAGACAUCCGUGUCGUCGAUCUUUAUCUCCGCACUCUGCUCAACGUCCAAGCAGCCAUGCUGCUGAGCGACAUUCAGACAGAGAAGAUGUUCGGCAACAUCUCUGCAAUCGAGAACGUCCAUGACAAGUUCUGGAAGAAGCUAUCCAGCAUCACCUCUAUGGUGAGGGCAGGGCAGGGGAUGCCUUCAGUCGUGGAUUUGGCAGAGGCGUUUGAGGAGUUUCCGCAGCUCUUUGCACCGUACAUAAAGUACGGCGUUGCUCAAAGCAAAUGCCUGAAGUAUCUGAGAGAGCAGAAAGUGAAUAACGAAAUGUUCAGGAUGAUUUUAGAGUGGGUUGAAAGACAUCCAGAUGGCCGAGGUCUCAAACUGCAAGAUCUGCUCAGCUUGCCAAUGCAGCGCAUCGCUAGGUAUCCAAUCCUGUUAGCUGCGAUAGAAGGAACACUCGAUGAACAAGACAAAUCAGAAGUGUCUGAAAUGAUGUCCCAAGUGAAGACAUUUGUGAGGCAUGUUUAUCUGGUGUCAAAACAGGCAAAAGAGAGACGGAUUUUACCCGAGGGAACUGGCUCCCAAUCACCCCUGAUUCGCAAGGCAGCGGUCAGACAUCAAUCUUCAUCCAAAGAGGACAACAAGAUGCUCCUGUUGAUGGAGAUGCUAGAAGAGUUUGUGACGGACGGGAUUCCCGAUUCACCAGCUGUGCUGUCUCUGAGUGGCAAGAGAGAAGACGAUGAGAAGUCCUUCCAAAUCGAGGAAUCAUGGCGAUCACUUGGUGACCAGGAGAGGCUGAGUGAGAUGAAUAAAAAGGAGGAAGAUGAGCAAGAUGCCAUCUGGAAAAUCAUCACAACAGAAGUACAGUUCAUCCAAGACUUGCACCUCAUAUUAAACUUGCAUCAACGAUCGCUCACCAAUCUCCAAGCAUCCCACAUUUUGAAUGAGAUCGAAAACGAGAAGAUCUUCCGUAUCACAGAUGCCAUCUUAAGGCUCCACACGAGAUUCUGGAACGACAGCCUCUCAACUGUCAUCAGCAAGGCACGGGAGGAGAAGAGAUUCCUCUCGGCCAGAGACCUAGUCGAUGCUUUUGAGGGAUUUGCAGAUCAUUUUGCCCCCUACACCGUGUUUUCAAAGGCUCAGAAGGAAUGCAUUAAGUACCUUAGGGAACAAAUCAUCCACAACAAAAUGUUCAGGUACUACUUGGAGUGGACCGAGAAACACCCCACGACCAGAGGUCGCUGUCUUCAAGAUUUUCUGGUGUGUCCAAUGCAGCACAUCACCAAGUACUCACUUCUGCUUUCCAGAUUGGAAGAAACAGUGGAUGACCAGGACAAAAUGGAAGUGUCGAAAACACUCGCCGAAGUGAGGAAGUUCUUGAUGCUUGUGUCUCCCAAGAAUGGCCAAAAAGCAGAGAGUCAGGGGCCGGUAGAGCAACUUGGAGCAACUAGCCAACAUAAAGGGGCAGUUGGCGGGCAUGGCACCAAUCCAUCGGGGGAGUAUGUAGAGGUCUUCGAAGAUUUGGCGAGUGAAGAUUCGGACAUGCUGAGGCUCACGCAGACGCUAGACGAAUUUGCGACCUAUGGGCUUCAGGAUUUUCCAGCGCUGCUCACGUUUACCAUGAAGAGAAAAGACGAGGAAUGGUUCGACAUCGAGAGAUCGUGGAUUGAGUUCAUCGACCAGGAGAGGGUGUGCGAACUUGAUCAGAGCUCGGUUGAUCAACAAGACGCCAUCUGGGAGAUUAUCUCAACAGAGGUUAGCUUCAUCCGCAACAUCCGCAUCGUUGUCGAUUUGUAUCUCUGCACUCUGCUCAACCUCCAAGGCGCUAUCCUGCUGAACCAGAUUCAGACAGAGAAGAUCUUCAGCAACAUCACUGCCAUCGAGAAGCGCCACUCCAUAUUCUGGAAGGAGAGACUGUCCAACGUCAUCUGGAAAGCACGCGAAGAGAAGAGGCUUCCGUCAGCUCUGGACCUGGCCGAGGCUUUCGACGGCUUGGAAGCACUCUUCAAGCUGCACGCCAAGUUCUGCACUACCAAGAUCAAGUGCCUGAAGUACCUCCAAGAGCAGACUGAGAACAAUAAGAUGUUUAGGUUUUUCAUUGAGUGGGUUGAGAAAAAUCGUAAAAGCCGAGGCCUGAGGUUGCAGGAUCUUCUCGAGUUGCCAGGGAAGCGCAUUGCUUCGUAUCCUGUUCUUCUCACUGAGGUUGUGGAAAAAACGCUUAAAGACGAAGACAAAGAAGCAUUGACUAAAAGAGUAUCUGAGGUGAAGCAAUUUUUAAUGCAAGUGCCUCUCGAGAUGACACAGGAAUCUGGCAAGGAUGAGAAGACCUUUUAUCGCACACAGUCCACGAAAGAUACAAAGAUGCUCAAGUUGCAGCAGACUCUUGAUGAGUUCAUGACCAACGGGCUUGAAUUCUUCCCCACCCUGAUGACCUUCACGACAGACCGAGAGGAUGAUGAGGAAUGCCUCAAUAUCGAGGACUCCUGGCGUGCACUUACCGACAACAACAACUUGAGUGACUUGGACAAGGAGCAGACGGAACAGCAAGAAGCAAUCUGGGAGAUCAUUAGCGCAGAAGUCAAUCGCGUCAAGGACUGCCGCGCCGUGGUUCUUCUGUACCUCAGCACCUUGUUUAACCUGCAAGCCAACGGCAUGCUGAACGAGAUCCAGACGGAGAAGGUCUUCAGCAACACCACCGCCAUCGAGGAGCUACACAUGAGAUUCUGGAAGGGAAAGCUGUCUAACGUCCUCAAGAAGGCUCGGGCAGAGAAGAGGCUUCCCUCGGUGGCAGACUUGGCCGAUGCUUUUGAGGGGUUCGCCAAGCUGUUCGCACCUUACAUCAGGUUCUGCUCCUCCAGCAACGUUUGCCUGAAGUACUUGAAACAACAGGUUGAUCAGAAUCCCAUGUUCACGUUUUUCUUGGAGUGGGCAGAGAGACAUCCCCACAGCCGAGGCCUCAAACUGCAAGAUUUCUUCGUCUCCGCCACGCAACACAUCUGCAGGUACCAUUGUCUCCUGAAGAAAGUGGAAGAGACGAUGUCUACUGAAGAUGGCAAAAUGGAAAUUAGCAAAAGGAUAUCAGAAGUAGAGUACCUCAUCGGGCAACUAAACCACAUCAUUGAAAGUUCGAGCCAAUCGGUGUCUUAAGACACAAGAAAUGUGGAGAUUUAUGCGCACGGCGAGACAAAAUUUACAUGCGAUGUUAAUUCUGUAUGACUACUUUUUUGUAAAUGACCUUGAACAUGGAACAAGAAAGUUGAGAUAAGAUUUUCUCUCAAUUUUGAUGUGUCUUUACACAGAGCACACGCAUGCGCGUUUUUCCCCCUAAAGAAAAAUGCAUCGGAAUAACCUGUACAAAUUCCGUUUGUUUAUUUCAUUGCACUUAGAACCAGACGUGCCUGGUUGAAUGACAUAUCCAUCCGCCACAACCGAAGCCAUUUAUUGUGGCGGUACAACGGAAAAUAUGUAGCUAAAAUUAAAAACAAAGUAGGCCUAAAAUAUAUUUUCAUAGAAAUGUUUAUAAUGAUGUCGUAACAAUUUAGUGAGUCCUUUUUAUCGUUCUCACCUCGUCCUUCAAAAGCUAGCCAUCGCGCGAAGAAUAAAAACUAAACUCAGCGUUAUAUGUUAAGCCUCUUUGUUGGACAUAUCGUUCCAGAUCUAUAUCGUAGCAUUCGUAGAAUUAUGGUGUAAUUCCUUUUUUUUUAUGGCAAAAUCUUGUGAAUGUUGCAACCUGACGCUGUUAUUUUUCUUCAUAUAUCAUCUCAAUGAAGGUCAGUCAUUGCAAAAAUGAUGAUAAAACAUGAAUCUGGGACUGCGAAACAUUUCAAGGUUUAUAGAAAAUACUUAGAAAAUGUUCUUGACUCUCCAUAGACUUUGUACACAACCGCUAAAGUAGCGUCAGGUUGCAACAUUCUUUCCAGAUCUUAUAAUUUAUAAUUGAUUGGAAUUAUUUUAGUAGUUGGCAUUUUGUACGUGAGAUGAAUGUAUUCAUAUCAGCAAUGGAGAAGUUGCCGAAUGUUUUAUUAUUUCGUUUGAUGAUUUCGGAACGAGUUUAUUUUAAGCGUAUUAGGCCUAACAAUCCGGAUUAUUUUUAAUUUUCAAACUAUAUUUUUAUAUGUUUUUAUAAGCUUAGUGCCUUUGAUAUGAGGAUAGCAUUUAUAUUCAAUAAUAAGGCUUCCCUGUGAAAAUAUGACUAAAAAUAAACCACAGAAAAUUAUUGGAAAAAAAAUUGAAGAAUUUUAAAGAUACUGACCGACAUGACUCAAAAUAUAACGGCAUAGUAAGUUCCUAUUAUGCAUUUUCACCACAACUGUUCAUUGUGUAUCAAAUCUCCAAAUAUUUCAUAAAUUUUUUUAGAGUGUGAGUUAGAAGGAACGAUAUAAUUAUAGUUAAAGGUUGUCAAACAGUUAAGUCACUUCGUUAAUAUCCUACCAGUUGUAGCCCCAGAUAUAUACUCGUUAUAUAUGAAAUAUAUAAUAUAAUAUGAAAUUAUUUUGUGAAACGUUUUGCAUAAUGGUCACACAAGACUAGAAGUGAGAAAGUUGUUCUUUGGUGUAAGAUGAACAGGGAGCACUAAAAAUGUUUGUGAUUUUGUCAGAAUGUUUAUCAAUAUGAUUCUCCUCAUUGUUCUCGUACAAUCAUAUUCACUUAGGGGCAAUUAAGAGAUAAACUUUAAUAUUCUUAUAAAAUUUGGGGAUGAUGUUGGGUAUUAAUUGUAGUACCGCACAGUGCCACGAUGUAGAUAAUGAUAAUAAGUUUGGUAAAGAGAGUAUUUUCCAUUAAAACUGAUAAACGGUUGAGGAAUCAAAUAAU